CUAAGUCGCCACGGAAGUGAUCAGUCAUCUUUUCUGGAACUUAACGUUGCUCCCCGUACUCUGUAUUAAAAAGACAAAGUGUCUCAACAUUGAAUAUUUUUUCGAGUAUUUACUUAGACAAAGUCGUGCGUAUUUCGUGGAGUUUAAACGUGUAAAAAAUCAUCGAAAGUCUCCAUUUGACCUACGUGGUGUCUGUGAGUUUUGAAGGAGGCCAUCUUUGCAAUCUCCUAUCAGAGGUCCUUGGCUCGAGGUUUCAUUGUCUGGUGAAAAGCCAGUAUUUAUUACACAUACACUCCGUCAAAUGGCUUUAAAACGAAUUAAUAAGGAACUACAAGACCUCGGCAGAGAUCCUCCCGCACAAUGUUCAGCAGGACCUGUUGGAGAUGAUUUAUUUCACUGGCAAGCCACAAUUAUGGGACCACCUGAUAGUCCAUACCAAGGAGGAGUAUUUUUUUUAACAAUUCAUUUCCCAACAGACUAUCCGUUCAAACCACCUAAAGUUGCGUUUACUACAAGAAUUUAUCAUCCAAACAUAAACAGUAAUGGUAGCAUUUGUCUUGAUAUACUACGUUCGCAGUGGUCACCAGCACUUACAAUUUCAAAAGUACUCUUAUCAAUCUGCUCACUUUUGUGUGACCCGAAUCCAGAUGAUCCCUUAGUACCAGAAAUCGCUAGGAUAUAUAAAACCGACCGGGAAAAGUACAACGAGCUAGCCCGCGAGUGGACUCGCAAAUAUGCUAUGUGAUGCCCCGGCCCCCAAACCCCACACUUCACACUUUAGAUAAAAACAACUUAUUUAAUUGCAACACUCGGGGGGGAUAAGCCAGCGUCGAUAAUUUCUGUCAAACAAGUUGUAUAUUUGCUUUGGACUGUGCUCCCUCCGUCACUUACUACCACAGUAUCCAUUGGGGUUUUUAAAGUGUUCAAAAAUCAUUUAUAAUCUACAUUAAAUUUGAAAUUCUUUUGUUUGAAUAUAUUGUGGUUGUAAGAAGUCAAGUGUUGGGUUGCGUUUUUCUUUCCCACUUGCACCCGACUUCCUUGCUGCUGAUGCUGGAGAGUAGUGAAAGUGCGUGUUGCUUGUUUGUUUGAUAUAAACACUCGGCAGGCAUUUUUAGUACUUGAUUUCAACGUCGGGUCCCGGAUUUUCUAUCCAACGUAUGGAUGACACUCAUAUACUAAUAUAAUUGUUAGAUAAAUUAAUAUGUAGGUUUUGUGGUUCAACUAGGUGUAUUGUAAUAAAUGAUUUUUUUGCAAUUUCUCUACAUUCUAUACAUGUUUAAAGUUUUUAAUCUUCUAGAUCUCAGAUGUCUAGUUCUAUUCGGCUAAAUUUUAAAGGUGAGAUGACUCUUAUCGGCAUAAACGUUUAGUUUACACUGAAGUUGACCAAUGAGCAAACAGAGCGUUCACAAUUUUGACAUCUGAUCGUUAUUUUUUAAAACAAGUGGCAGUUUUGUUUGCUCGAUUACACUCUAGAGCAAUUCCCCAACACUUAAAAAAUUAUUCAGACAAAUCGUAGAAAACCGAUCUUGGCAAAAUUUUUCAAAUAGAUUAAGUAUAACGUAAUUUAUUUCACUCAGAUGUGAACACUUGUUUAUUUGCAGUUAUGACUGUACUAUUUAAACCAUGUAAAACUUUUUAUACAUAAAUAUAAUGUGUAAAAUAACGAAUGUAAUAAAUAAGAGAUUGCUUCCUGUCCCUCGUGAAAUCUGAUUUCCGGGACCCCCACGCAGGGUUGUCUCCUCCCUUACUUUUAUUGAGACACAAUUAUUCUCAUUAAAUUAUUCAGUGUAUAAUACCAAUUAAUUAGGAAGGAUUUGUUACAUAAUAUAUAUUUUUUCUCCGCAAUUAUCAGGAAAUUAAAAUAAAAUACAGUUAAAUCUGUUGUUUUUUAUUGGUGUUGUA